AAAGAGCGAUCGGAGGAGCACUUUUCCAGGACCCCAUCACCACCACCGAUUUAAGCGACCCUUCUCCGCUUUUCUUUUUCCCGGAGAGAUCCUGCCACUCUGAUAGAGCAUCCUGACCGCACCAGCCAGACCCCCUCAUCUCUUUUCAUGUGGAGCUGCCUGCCUUUGAUACAUUGAGACCUGUGGCCUUUCUUGUCCCCUGGAAUAUCUGUUCUGGUACCUCUGGUUUGUGGACGAUGCUGGAAGUGCUGGAGAAGCUAAAUGGAUCCUAACACCAUCAGGAGAAUGAAGGAGCAAGUGAUGAUAAUGGUUUGGCUAUGGAUAAUGUGCCUCCUUGGCCUAGCAUCUUCUCUAGAAGAAAUCCUUUUGGAUACAACAGGAGAGACCUCUGAGAUUGGAUGGACUGCCCAUCCUCCUGACGGGUGGGAUGAGGUGAGUGUCUUGGAUGACAGGAAGCACCUGAUUCGAACUUUUGAGGUGUGCAAUGUUGCCGAGCCGGGACAGAAUAAUUGGCUGCGUACCCAUUUCAUAGAGCGCCGCGGAGCCCACAGGGUUCACAUUCGCCUCCGCUUUUCUGUCCGUGACUGUGCCAGCAUGAGGACCGUGGCCUCUUCUUGCAAAGAGACCUUCACUCUUUACUACCAUGAAUCGGAGGCUGACGUAGCCACUCCCGAGCGUCCUGAGUGGCAUGAGGGCCCCUGGACCAAAGUGGAUACAAUCGCCGCUGAUGAGAGCUUCUCUCAGGUGGAUAGCUCUGGAAAGGUGGUGAAGAUGAACGUCAAGGUGCGAAGUUUUGGGCCCCUGGCCAAGAAGGGUUUCUACUUGGCCUUUCAGGACUCUGGGGCUUGCAUGUCUCUGGUGGCCGUCCAGGUUUUCUUCUAUAAAUGCCCUGCAGUGGUGAAGGGCUUUGCCUCUUUCCCAGAGACAUUCGCUGGGGGUGAGAGGACUUCUUUGGUGGAGGCUCCAGGAACUUGUGUGGCUGAGGCUGAAGAAGCCAGCAGCACCGGCUCCUCCGGGGUGAAGUUGCAUUGCAAUGGGGAAGGCGAGUGGAUGGUGGCGAUUGGAAGAUGCGCCUGCCGUGCCGGCUAUGAGCCCAUGGACAGUGAGAGAAUCUGCAAAGCUUGUCCCAAGGGCACCUUCAAAGCUUCAGUGGGAGAUGCCCCCUGCAGUCCUUGCCCUACCCACAGCUAUGCUUCCAUCCCGGGCUCCCGUGAAUGUGCCUGCCAGACUCACUAUUACCGUGCUUCUUCAGACAUCUCAGAUGCCCCCUGUACUAGCAUCCCAUCAGCCCCUCGGGACCUCAGCUAUGAAAUUAUUGGAUCCAAUGUCCUCCUGACCUGGCGUCUCCCAAAGGAUCUGGGUGGUCGAAAAGAUGUUUUCUUCAAUGUCAUCUGUAAAGUGUGCCCAACUGGCUCUCCAGGGCCUUGUGUUCGUUGUGGUGACAGUGUUCAGUUUGAACCCCGGCAGGUGGGACUGACCGAGAGCCGGGUUCAAGUGUCCAACCUCCUGGCCCGUGUUCAGUAUACCUUUGAGAUCCAGGCAGUCAACCUUGUAACUGAGCUGAGCCCAGAUUCUCCACAUUAUGCUGCCAUCAAUGUCAGCACCAGCCAGUCAGUCCCUUCUGCUGUCCCUAUGAUGCAUCAGGUGAGUCGCACCCCAAGCAGUAUCACUUUGUCCUGGCCACAGCCUGACCAGCCAAAUGGAAUCAUCCUGGACUAUCAACUGCGCUAUUUUGACAAGUCAGAAGAUGAAGACACUUCAUUCACCUUAACCAGUGAGACUAACAUGGCCACUAUCUCCAGUCUAAGCCCAGGGAAGAUAUAUGCUUUCCAAGUACGAGCCCGGACAGCAGUGGGUUAUGGGCCAUAUAGUGGAAAGAUGUAUUUCCAGACCCUUGUAGGAGGUGAGCGCUCUGAGAUGGUUCAGGACCGAUUGCCACUUAUUGUAGGCUCGGCGCUGGGUGGACUGGCCUUCAUGGUAAUUGCUGCCAUUGCCAUCCUGGCCAUUGUCUUUAAAAGUAAGAGACGAGAAACUCCAUACACAGAUCGCCUGCAGCAGUACAUAAGCACUCGGGGCCUUGGGGUCAAGUAUUACAUUGACCCUUCUACCUACGAAGACCCCAACGAAGCUAUUCGGGAAUUUGCCAAGGAAAUUGAUGUAUCAUUUGUCAAGAUAGAGGAAGUCAUUGGAUCAGGAGAAUUUGGAGAGGUGUGCUUUGGCCGCCUGAAACCUCCAGGGAAGCGUGAAUAUACAGUGGCUAUUAAGACCCUGAAGGCAGGCUACACUGAUGAGCAGCGGCGGGAGUUCCUGAGCGAGGCCAGCAUCAUGGGACAAUUUGAGCAUCCAAAUGUCAUCCGCCUUGAAGGUGUGGUCACCAAGAGCCGCCCCGUCAUGAUUGUCACUGAGUUCAUGGAGAAUGGUUCUCUGGAUUCCUUCCUCCGGCAAAAGGAAGGUCAGUUCAGCAUGUUGCAGCUAGUUGGCAUGCUGCGGGGCAUAGCAGCUGGCAUGCGUUACCUCUCAGAUAUGAAUUAUGUUCACCGGGAUUUGGCUGCCCGCAAUAUCCUGGUCAACAGCAACUUGGUUUGCAAGGUCUCGGAUUUUGGCUUGUCAAGAUUCUUAGAAGAUGAUGCUUCAAACCCAACUUACACUGGGGCCUUGGGUGGCAAGAUUCCCAUUCGUUGGACAGCUCCAGAGGCUAUCCAGUACCGCAAAUUUACAUCCUCAAGUGAUGUCUGGAGCUAUGGCAUUGUGAUGUGGGAGGUCAUGUCCUAUGGAGAGAGGCCCUACUGGGAUAUGUCCAAUCAGGAUGUAAUCAAUGCUAUCGACCAGGAUUAUCGUCUUCCCCCUCCUCCAGACUGCCCUACUGUUUUGCACCUGCUGAUGCUGGACUGCUGGCAGAAAGAACGGGUCCAGAGGCCCAAAUUUGAGCAGAUAGUCAAUGCCCUGGACAAGAUGAUUCGCAAGCCGUCUGCCCUCAAAGCGACUGGCACAGGAAAUAGCAGACCCUCCCAACAUCUACUGAGCAACUCACCCCCAGAUUUCCCUUCACUCUCCAAUGCCCAUGAAUGGCUGGAUGCCAUUAAAAUGGGCCGUUACAAGGAGAACUUUGACCAGGCUGGCCUGACUACAUUUGAUGUCAUCUCACGCAUGACUGUAGAAGAUAUCCAGCGCAUUGGCAUCAGCCUGGUUGGCCAUCAGAAGAAGAUCCUCAACAGCAUCCAACUCAUGCGGGUUCACCUCAAUCAGCUUGAACCUGUUGAGGUCUGACACACUGAGCACAGUCCCUUCCCCUUAAAACACCUGGAGAGUCCAAUGAACAUUUUGCUGUCAAAGAGAGGCAGAGCAGUCCAUUUCAGGCAUUGAUGGGGGGCACAGGAAACAUUGCACUCCAUUUCACAGACCAGAGAAAAUUUGUAGAGAUUCUUUGCUUGUUUUUCUUUAUUUUUUUAUUGUAACUUGAAACACUGCAAAUCCUGUGUCAUUUAGAGAUGGGUGGAAUUGUACAUUGGGGUGGGGUGGGCUGAUAGUACACAGGGUAGAGCUGAAAAGGUAGCUUUGGAACUGGAAAUGCACUCACUGCCAUUUCAAUGCCAACGUAUGGGAUUGAACCCAUAACAGAAACAGACACCUCAGAAGAUUGUACUUUGGACUAGAGGCCUGUAAACGGCAAAUUUUGAGCUGGAUCAAGCAAAGUCAUGUUUAACAUACUGCUGCCAAAAGAGAUCCCUUGAAAGCUUUUCUCCAGCUAGUGGGAUUCAGUGCUGAGAAGAGCAAUGGGCACCACCACUUAGGCAGUUUGGGCAAACAGACACAAAGCAAGACGGUGUGAAUGCUGUCUCAGGCAGCGCAUUUUGGAUGCUGUUCAAGUUGGCAGAGAUGGACAAAUCCAAGCCAUGGGACAGAGUCUAGACCAAGGGUCUCAAACGUGUGGCCUAGGGGCCACCUACAGCUCUCUGAGUCAUUUUCUGUUUCCUGCAACAAUGCUUUGUAGGUGCUGAAGACUUAGUCCAGCAAGGCCAGGGCACUGAGCACCAAAAAGAGGAGCGGCCUAGCAACUCACUCCAGCCCGACAACCUCACAAGGUCUCUUGGCAAAAGCAGAGCCUGGUGGGCCAGGCUGCACAGGACACACCCAAAGUCUCUCUUGCAAGCAAUGCGGCCCCUCUGGGACUCCUAGUUGCUCUCGCAUUCCACAGUGGGUGCUGUUUCUGAGGUGGUGCCAGACUCUGCCGGCAGGAGCAGCAGAGAGGCCAGGUGGCAGGGGCUGUGUGAGGGAGGAAAGGAGGAGACAGCUGAGGAGAAGGGUUGAAUCCGGCUGCCCUGCUGCGAGGCUAUCUCUGAUGGGCAAAGCAUGGGAAAGACAGAGGGCAAGCAAGCAAGAUCGCUGCCAGGCGCAGGAAAGGGGAGAGAAGGGAGAAAAAGACCAAAGGAAAGAUGUCGCUGUUCAGGAAGGAGAGAGAAGAAAAAGAAAAGCAGGGAUUGGACAGCUCUUAAUGGGAUGGCUUUCCUACUUUAUAUCAUCCUGGGUAUGAUCAUGAAGAAAUAUUGCAUAUCAACGCAGUAAUAAAACCAAAUAUUGGUGUUCUAGUUAAUGAAAAAUGCUGCCAGCUAAGUAGCCAAAGUGAAAUAGCUGUUUUGCAGCACGAUUUCGCAAGUAGCUCUGUUUCACGGUACCUUUUAUAUUUAAUAAAUUUAUGUUUAAUGGCAUAGCGCAAUACUCUUCAUUUUUUACUUCCUAGAUACUUUUGUAUCACAGUAAGGCUUCAAGGUUGAGGCCCUCGAGCUAAUGAACCAGUCCCGUCAUCAAUUAACUUUGAGCCCCUGGUCUAAACGUACUGCAGUUCACUUGAAUGGGAUUUGCACUGGAUAAUUUUGUCAUAUAUUGGGCUCCGUAGUGAUUGGUAAGAGCUGCG